AUGCUCGACAAGAGGAGCAACGACGGAGCAACAUCCGUCCACUACACCAUGAAGACUCAUCAUUCAGCUCCCAGGCCUUCGCCUGCGCCGCGAUCUUCUCAUAGCCACUCCCACUCACAGUCCAAACUCGCCGUUCCGCCCGCAAAGACUCCAAACCCUUCUACUCCUGUGGCAUCUCCAAGAAUGCCCUACUCCGUGGGCCAGUCAAUGCCUCCCGGGAACGGGAACCUUACUCCGGCAAGACAGGCAGAGGCCAGGGCCGCGAGUCCAAACUACUUUGGACUUGUUGUCGAGCAGUCCGUCGAUCCAAGAGAAUCUGCCUCCAUGCCACGAGACAACUGGAGCUCCCCGACUUCGUCCGUCCGCUCAUUCGGCGCCGCGCUGCCCAAGCAAGUUCCCAUCGAUGCUAAUCCCGACUAUGAGGCCUUCAAACGGCAAGCCGACCUCAAUCGCGGUGUGAGCUUCAGCCUCUCCUCCUCGCACUUUCCGCAAGCUCCCCCGAACCCCACCACUCUUCGUCCUCGACCGCCACGGUGGAAUACGCAUGCCAGCGACCACGCCUCGGACUUUUCGAUACCUCGAAUGCCCACGGAGCGAAAGCAGAGCAAGGAAGUUGACCAGCAAAGCUUGAACGACUCAGCAUACGCCUCGUUGGAUUCCAAGCGAAACUCCGAAGCGUCGAUACAACCACCACAGAUGUUCAAUUUGAACAUGCCAAGAUUCGAAUCGCCGAUGCAAUCUGAGUCGCCUUUUGAGCGUAGAACAACACUGUCGAAAGUAGAGGACCGUCACCCCAGGUUAUCCAUCUCACAGAACAAACCCGAUGCGCCAGCGCCGAGUGCUGCUCGAGCAAACCAGCCACGCGCCGAGACCGUGCCGCCGACUAUGGAGAGCGGCCCCUCGUUGAUAGCGCCGUCGCAAUUGAAGGACCUGAUCGAGGCUGAUGGUUCAGAAAGUGAUCUGUUGCUCCUGGACUUGAGAGUGUCACAGCAAUAUGCCCAAGCUCGGAUCGAAGGCGCGCUCAAUCUCUGCAUUCCGACAACGUUGUUAAAGCGAGCUACCUUCAACCUGACGAAACUCCAGCAGACCUUUCAAAGCCCGGAUAUGCAGGGGCGCUUUUCACAGUGGAAGUCGACGAAGCACCUUGUUGUCUAUGAUGCUUACUCUGCAGAGAAACGUGACGCCGUUACGUGUAUGAAUAUGGUGAAGAAAUUCACGAAUGAGGGGUACUCCGGCAACAUGUACAUCCUGCGGGGUGGCUUCAAUGCUUUCGCUGACGCCUAUCCCGACCUUGUGGAUGAGGGAUUCGGUCCUCCAGCGAGCGGCUCCGGUCCAGCAGCAUCGGGUGACGGUAACUUGCCCGGCAUCGCCCCUGUCAUUGGAGGUGUCAUGCUACCAAUGACACAGAACAACGCCAAUCCGUUCUUCUCAAAUAUUCGUCAGAACAUGGAUCUCGCCGAUGGAGUUGGUCAGCUGGACAUUGCUCGACCGUCGGGGCUGGAGUCACCUACGCUACCUAGAUGGCUCCGUGAUGCCUCUAAGCCUAGCGAUCAUGGCAAGCAAGUAUCAGACAAGUUCCUCAACAUUGAAAAGGCUGAGCAGUCGCGGAUGAAGGCGGCCUACUCCAUGUUCAGUGGCAGUGAAAAGGACAAGACUGUUCCGCAGCUUUGUGGUAUUGAGAAGGGCGGCAAAAAUCGCUACAAGGACAUUUUGCCGUUCGAGCACGCUCGGGUCAAAUUGCAAGGCCGUUCCGAGGGGGCUUGCGACUACGUCAAUGCCAGUCACGUCAAGGCAUCUCGGAGCAAUAAGAGGUACAUCGCUACCCAGGGUCCGCUCCCCGCCACAUUUGAGGAUUUCUGGUCUGUUGUUUGGGAACAAGAUAUCCGUGUCGUCGUCAUGUUGACCGCGGAGUCGGAAGGAGGCCAGCUUAAAUGCCACCCGUACUGGCAAGGCAGGGAUUUUGGCUCGAUCAAGCUCAAGCCGCUAUCGGAGAAGAAAGUGUCCUUGGACAUUGACAAGCACCGCACCAACCAGGGGUCAAGUGCUCCUUCUGCUGCAGCUGCAGCGGAAGCCGGACGCCGGCGCGCGCAGACGACGACUACCCUGGAGGCAUCAAACGCAACUGCCUCGCCAUCCCCUCCACAAGGCGAGACGCCGCAUGUCAUCAUUCGGAAGUUUGCAUUGUCUCACGGCUCACACCCCUUUGCGCCCAUUCGUGAGAUCACUCACUUGCACUAUCCUUCCUGGCCCGACUUUGGAGCGCCUGCGCAGCCGUCACAUCUGCUGGCCCUCGUGGACCUAGCCAACGUGAUGCAACGUUCAGCUUUGCCGGUCGAUACGUCCUCCGUGAGCAGUGCCCGUGUGUCCCCGGAAUCAGGCCCUAUUGCUUGGUAUGACGAGCCGGAGACGGAUCAGAGGGCCAGGCCAAUGUUGGUGCAUUGUUCUGCGGGAUGUGGUCGAACCGGUACCUUCUGCACUGUAGACAGCGUUAUCGAUAUGCUGAAGCGGCAACGACUAAAUAAGACGACCACGAAGCCCGUGAGAAAGCGGGAUUCGGACGGUGAUAUAAAGAUGAGCGGAUCUGAGGAGUCUUCGCCUCGGGAGAAGACCUUUGAUUUCACUCCAAGCAGCCGUCGCACUAGCGCCGACGUGCGACGGGGCUCUCCAGACAGAACCCCGUUAGACACAGCGUGGUUGGCGGACGACAGCGACACUAUGGAUCUCAUCCAGAAGACGGUUGAGGAUUUCCGCAACCAACGACUCAGCAUGGUGCAAAGCCUGCGUCAAUACGUCUUGUGCUACGAGACGAUUGUUGAAUACGUAUGGCGAUGGCACGAGAAGAGCUCAGGUUCUCCCAAAGGAGGGAGAGCACGAAGUGGAAGCUUGCAGCUUAGAGGGGACAACUAA